UGGCCUUUACACUUCUCAGGGGGGUCUAUUUGUAGACUGCAGGGCCGACCAGAAUUGCCUCAGUUUUCAAAAGAUGGAGAUAUUAUAAUUGGAGGCAUUUUUUCCUUUCAUGACAACCUUGUCAAUGUCAAGCCAACAUUUAAUGUUUUACCGGAAUCCUUAAAAUGCAAGGACAUUAACUUGCGUGAAUAUCAGUUUGCUGAAACCAUGAUCUUUGCUAUUGAAGAAAUAAACAACACUACAGAUAUACUUCCUGGAGUUUCCAUUGGGUACAAGAUAUAUGAUGACUGCAGUUCCAUGCCUUUGGCCAUAAGAGCAGCAAUGUCCCUGGUGAAUGGUCAGGAUGAGCAAAUUGACCCCAAUGACGCCUGCACCAAAUCUUCUCCUGUUCAUGCUAUCAUUGGUCAAUCUGGGUCAUCUCUCAGUAUAGGAGUUGCAACAACUAUUCGACCUUUUUCAAUUCCACUGGUUAGCUAUUUUGCAACUUGUGCUUGUCUGAGUAACAAAAACGAGUAUCCUACAUUCUUCCGAACAAUACCAAGUGAUUAUUAUCAAAGCAGAGCCUUGGCACAGCUUGUGAAACAUUUUGGAUGGACCUGGAUUGGUACUAUUAGAAGCGAUAAUGACUAUGGACACAAUGGAAUGUCAACUUUUUUGCAAGCUGUACAAGAGGAGGGUGUCUGCAUUGAAUAUUCAGAGUCCAUUUAUAGAACUUACCCACGAGAGAAGUUUCUUAAAGUUGUAGAUGUUAUAAAGCAGUCUACUGCUAAGGUUAUUGUAGCUUUCACCACUUUUAUUGACAUGGAAUUUCUCAUAAAAGAGCUUUUGCUUCAGAAUGUAACUGGGGUGCAAUGGAUAGGAAGUGAAGCAUGGAUUUCUAUUGAAAGCCUAGCAACGGAAGCAAAUUAUAGAGUUUUGAGUGGGUCAAUUGGAGUAGCAAUCCCUAAUGCAGCGAUACCAAAUUUGAAAGAAUUUUUAGUAAAUGUAAAUUUGCAGAGUUCUCCUGGUAAUGAUGGACUCAGUGAUUUCUGGCAAAAUAUUUUUGGUUGUACAUUGACAGCACAAAACAAAACGCAAAAUGUUAAGCUGUGCACAGGAUCUGAAAAACUGAGUGAAAUUAACAACCAAUAUACUGAAGUAUCAGAAUUACGAAUUACUAACAAUGUCUACAAAGCUGUAUAUGCAAUAGCUCAUUCUUUACAUAAUCUUUACACAUGCACAAAGAGUUCUAUGAACAGGACAUGUGAAAAACUGUCCAAAGUUGAACCAUGGCAGGUACUUUAUAAUAUGAAAGAAGUAAAUAUUACAACUAGAAAUGGUGAAAACGUGUAUUUUGAUGAAAAUGGUGAUCCAUCAGCACGUUAUGAAUUGAUAAAUUGGCAAUUGAAAGAAAACAUAGUAAAGUUUGUAACAAUUGGCAUCUAUGAUGCAUCUUUACCAAGAGGGCAACAAUUUGUCAUGAAUAACAGGAGUAUUGUUUGGGCAGGCUUAAUUAACAAGGUACCUACGUCUUUGUGUAGUCAGAGCUGCCCACCUGGAACUCGUAAAGCUGUUCAAAAAGGAAAGCCAGUAUGCUGCUAUGAUUGCAUACCAUGUGCUGAAGGGGAAAUCAGCAAUGUAACAGAUUCAAUAGAUUGUCUGAAGUGUCCUUUGGAGUAUAGGUCAAAUGACCAAAGAGAUCAAUGCAUCUUAAAAGAUGUUGAAUUUUUAUCCUUUGGAGAAGUUAUGGGAAUAAUUCCAGCUAUCUUUUCUCUGACUGGAGUAUCCCUCACCACAUCUAUUAUUUGUAUUUUCUUUUAUUACAGGAAUACACCAAUAGUCAAAGCAAAUAACUCUGAACUAAGUUUUCUUCUUUUGUUCUCAUUGUCUUUAUGCUUCUUAUGUUCUCUUACUUUUAUCGGUCAGCCCACUGGUUGGUCUUGUAUGUUGCGCCACACAUCAUUUGGAAUCACAUUUGUUCUGUGUGUUUCUUGCAUUUUAGGAAAAACCAUUGUUGUUUUAAUGGUGUUUAGAGCUACAAAGCCUGGGAACAAUGUGAUGAAGUGGUUUGGUCCAAGCCAGCAACGAUUAAGUGUUUUAGGUCUUACACUAAUUCAGAUCUUCAUAUGUAUAUUUUGGAUAAUGUUAUCACCUCCUUUUCCUACUAAGAAUAUGAGAUCCUACAAAGAAAAAAUUAUUUUAGAAUGUAAUGUAGGAUCCAUAUUAGGGUUUUAUAUUGUUUUAGGUUAUAUAGGACUUCUUUCUAUAAUUUGUUUUAUUCUGUCUUUUCUGGCUCGGAAACUCCCAGAUAACUUUAAUGAGGCGAAGUUUAUUACUUUCAGUAUGCUGAUAUUUUGUGCCGUUUGGCUUGCUUUUAUUCCAGCUUAUAUUAGUUCACCUGGAAAAUACACAGUAGCUGUAGAAAUUUUUGCAAUUUUAGCUUCCAGUUUUGGUUUGCUUUUCUGCAUCUUUGCCCAUAAAUGCUAUAUCAUUUUACUGAAACCAGAAAAAAAUACAAAAAAAAGUGUCAUGGGAAAAAUGCCCACAAACUCCAUUUAA